AUGGAUUCAGAAGAGGAGACAUUUUAUGACGAAUUUGACUCUGGGAACGAAUCAAGACGGGCUGAUGAUGCCUAUGAUGAUGAUGACGACGACGUUCUAGUGGAAGCUGAGUCCAGUAACUCAACAAAAAGACAAACUGAAAUGGAUGAAUAUCCGUUUGAAGUUUUGUCAACGGAUGAAAUUGUAGACCGUAUGGUAGAUUCUAUCAGACAAGUAAAUAUUAUAAUGGACAUUCCAGAGACCACAGCACGAAUUCUGCUGAGCCAUUUUAAAUGGGACAAAGAAAUGUUAAUGGAUAGUUUUUAUGGUGGUGAUCAGGAUAAGCUUUUCGCUGAAGCGCACCUUAUAAAUCCUUUCCGGAAACCAGCUGUAGUUAAUGGCCCAGAAAUAACGAGCCCAAGAAGUACAUCAGAUGCUGACACUGAAGAGUGUGAAAUCUGUUUCAUGGUUGUUCCAUCGCCUAUGAUGACUGGGUUGGAGUGUGGACAUAGGUUCUGCACACAAUGUUUGGUUCAGCACCUUACUACAAAGAUUAUGGACCAGGGCAUAGGGCAAAGUAUAUCAUGUGCUGCCCAUGGAUGUGACAUUUUAGUUGAUGAUGCAACUGUUAUGCGACUUAUCAGAGAUUCCAAAGUGAAGCUCAGAUACCAGCGUCUUAUUACUAACAACUUUGUUGCGUGCAGUCGAUUGUUAAGGUGGUGUCCGUCUCCAGGCUGCAACAAUGCAAUUAAGGUGCACUUCAUGGAAUCACGGCCAGUGACUUGCAAGUGUUCUCACACAUUCUGCAUUGGAUGUGGUGAGAACUGCCAUGAACCUAUCAAAUGUGAUCUAUUGAGGAAAUGGACUAGAAGUUAUAAUGGCAUUCAAUCCUUUAAUUGGAUAUCAAUUAAUACAAAGGAUUGUCCAAAGUGUAAUGCGCCCAUUCAAAAAAUUGAUGGCUGCAAUUUUAUUGUGUGCAGAAAUAUACAUUGUGAUGCCGAGUUCUGUUGGGAGUGUCUUCGUCUGACGAAUUCACAUUUCCAUUGUAGCGACAGGCCCAAAAAUGUCCAGAAAGAAGCUGAGAAAGCCAAUGCGGAGAAGGAAGCAAAAUAUGUACGUGAUCAAAAGUUAUUUUACUCUAGUCGAUAUAUGAAUCACAAACAAUCGCUCAAGUUUGAGGAAGAACUGUAUGAUUAUGUUGAGAGGAAGAUGAAAGAAUUACAGCCUCAUGAUGUUCCGUGGUGUGACGUGAAUUUCCUCAAGGAAACUGUUGAUAUCCUACUUCAGUGCCGCCAGACGUUGAUCUACACUUAUGUCUUCGCUUACUACGCACGAAAAAAUAACCAGUUUCUGAUAUUUGAAGAGAACCAGAGAGAUCUGGAAAUUGCUACGAAAAUUUUAUUAGGAUAUUUGAAGAGAGAUAUUACCCCAGAAAAUGUAGCAGAUAUUGGAACAAAAUUAUCUGAUAAAUGCAUAUACUGCGACAAGAGGAGGAAAGUUUUGGUGGAACAUGUCCAUGAAGGUUAUGAGAAGAACUGGUGGGAGUUCACAGAAUAAACGUUACAUGACGUCUA